GCGCAUUGUGUUCCACGGUGCAGGGCCGCCGCCGACGCGUUCCAGUACACAGUCGAAUCUUCCGACACACACUCCGCAAUUUCGUUCGCGCUAGCCUAAGCGGGGAGAAAGGCAAACACUUUUCACGCCAAAAGAAAUAGAAUAAAGCGGACUUCCAAAGUGAACGCGCUCACACACAAACAGAGAGAUUGUUUGCUUCUAUCCGACAGUUGUCAUCGAUUACCAGUACUGUGUCGUGUUUUUCGACGCUGGUCGUCUGUCGUUCGGUUAAACGAAUAACAAAGUGCCACUCUUGCAUCUCCUCGCGACGUGAUUUCUCUCUAGCCAUUUGUAUUCUCAACAGUCGGUUGUCGUCGUGUUAAACAGCCAAGAUUGCGAAUUUAUUUCAUCAUUAAAGAAAGGACGGCGUCACUGGGUUGGUCCUGGGUGGUGCAACGCCUAUGAAUUCGGCACGCCAAAAAACCAGGAAAAAGAAAUAAGAAAUUCCCGUUGCCCUUAUUCAAAAUGACAUGAUGGUAUCUUGUCCGUUUACUGCCCUGACGCGCGCAAAUACGAUAAAUUCAGAAAUGAUUUUACAGUCAUAACUGCUGCGCAGCUCAGGAAGAGCGGGCCGUCCAUUCAAUAACGACAAAAGGGGACGGGGGAAAAAAAGGAGAACGUGGAACGGACGCGCGUCAACAUCAAACUGUAACGCCUUUCGCUUGGCAACAGAAUCAGAAUUUUCCCGCGGGCGGAAUCAAAAGGGAAAUUACAACAAGGCAGCAGAAGCGAAAAGAAAAUUUAGUCAACUUUUUGUGUGUGUGUUGUGUGUGCGCUCUCGACUAGAUAAAGGACUUUGAACAAGCUCGUCAAUGUUUAUCCGUGGGUUUUUUUAAAAGUUAUUUACAUAAAUGUGUUACUGGUGUGCUUAGCAACUCGGUCCGUGUUCCAGUCGGCUAGGAAAGAAUUGAAAGCCACUAACUCGUAACUGUGUUGUUGCCUGUGCAAAUAUCACGUCGUCUGAUAGAAAUCGAUUGACCGCGGGCCGCCUACAACCCCGCCCCUUUAUCUGCCCAUUCAAUCCGUCCGUCUCGUUUUAGACUGCGCUGCAAUUUCAUUAUUUUGGCAAAGAAAUUUCUUUUCUCUCUCGAGCAAUUCCGGGAGUCGCUCACUUGAUUCUCGCACCCACAUCGCCCGCCAGUCUCCUGGCAACUCACGAGUGCAGGAGGAGUUUGGAAUUUGAACUUUUUGGGGGGAAAUACAAAACAAACAUUCGAGGACUAGUUUAGUUGUCAAACAAAAGAAGAAAAAAGAAGAUUGCAAGGGCAUUGACGGUGCAACAACUGGAUAGAAGAAAGGAGGACCGUCGUCGGGUGAACUAGACGUGUUGUGUAAUUCGAACUUUUGUUGCGUGAGUCGACCGUUAUUAGUAUAGUGUGUGUCUUGUGAGUGAAGCGGGACUAGUCCCUUAAUGAACUGAUGCGCCGGCCCUGAUUUCGCGUCCUUGCCCUUUUACGGUUCAUCAUUAACGAUAGAGAGACUCUCCUCGUGCCUUAGGAACUCACGAAAAAGAGUGGCGGCGAGAGUUUAGUUCGCUUAGCCGAAAAACUUCUGGCGCUAGAACCCACCGAACGUUGCCCCGCCAACCCGUACACGCACACACACACACACCCCACCCAGUGUGUGUGUGGCUUCCUUCUUCCUCCCGCUCGUCUCUAUAAUACCGCGGGAAGGCCUUGGAGUAAGUUCAGUUGAGAACGCGCUCGCUCUCUCUCUAUCUCUCUCUCUCUCUCCCAUAGACUCUCGCUGCGGUGAUUCUGCUCCACAUCUUGGUUCCCCACAAGAUCCAAUUGGCGCCCAUAAUUCCGUGUGACGCCAAAAAGAAAAAGGGGAAAAAUAGCCCGUGCAGUGAUCGAUGGACUUGAUCUGAGUGAUCUUUCUUUCGUUCCCGAGUGCGCAACACUCAACUAAAGUGAAUUGGGGAUGAAAAACGUUGGCGUUGACAAGAAGAGUCGUUGGUUGUGUGUGUCUCUCUCUCUCUCGACUUCUUAGUCCGCCUGUGUUCUGUGUGUGUGUAUGUGUCAAGUGCACUUGGUGAGGGAAUUUCGCCACUGAUUGAGUGAAUUAGAGAGUGAGAGUGAAAGAUCUUGUUUUUUUUAUUUCGUUGCCGUCCCUGGUUCUUAUUUUGCCACCAGGUUGAAUACGCCUUGACUGGAUGCCUUGAUUGGCUCAUGAUUCUGACUAAGCCACUCUCUGCCGACCCCACCAUCAUUCGUGACUGAUAAUCUUCGAGUGUGAUAUCAGUGCCGUAAAAAAAAAAAAACGUCACUCAACGUCAGAUUCUUGGCCUUUUGGUUUUGGUUUCUUUUUGUCACCUCCGUUGUUCGUUUGCCGAACUUUGAGUCAAUUUUGAUUAGACGCUGUUUUUCGUGAUUGACAAAAAAUAAAGCAACAGCACAAUCUGAAAGGGAAAGAUGUCUUCUCCCGGUAGUACGAAGUUCCACCCAGAUAUGCAUCAGAGUUUGUCGGCCUUGAUGCUGGAGCAUGUCCAUGCCAACGACGCAGAGCAAAGGGAGUCGGCCAAGGAACGCCAUUUCCCGCGGACGCUCAGCACCAGCGUCCUCCGCAUCAAACACCGGUCCUCCUUCUGGGAGCGAUUCUUCGAGAAUCAUCGUCGAUUAGCGCACGGAGAAGAUUUGAUCGUCACUCCGUUCGCGCAGAUAUUGGCCAGCCUACGCAGCGUUCGCAAUAACUACAUCUGCUUGACCAGCAUCCCUAUCAAUCGGUCGAGACGUUCGUCGCAGUCAACUGGAGUGUCCACCCCGCAACCCAAGAAUCUGACGCCGGGAGGUGAGUUUCAGAAAAAUGAAACGUACAGCCGACUGGCCGUGGAAACGCUCGAGGAGCUGGACUGGUGUUUGGACCAGUUGGAGACGAUACAGACGCAUCGUUCCGUCAGCGACAUGGCAUCCAGCAAGUUCAAACGGAUGCUGAACAAAGAGCUGAGCCAUUUUUCCGAAUCCAGUCGAUCGGGCAACCAGAUCUCCGAGUACAUCUGUUCGACAUUCUUGGAUAAACAACAAGAGUUGGAUUUGCCGUCGCUGCGCGUCGACGAUUCAGAGACGGAAAAGGCCCGUUUAUCAGCCUCGGGACCGCGAAAGUCCAAGGAUGGUGGCAAGGAUGGUUUCACGUUGGGCGGAUCUGUUACGUCAUCGUCAUCAUCGUCGGGGACAGUGGUCGCCUUGUCAGCUAAAAGUGGAGCUACUCCGGCCUCGUCAUCGGCGUCGUCGAGUCACGUGGGCCGGGCCAUGUCACACAUAUCCGGCGUUAAGAGACCGUUGAGUCACUCGAACAGUGUCACCACCUCGGAGAAGGUGGCCAAAUACGGGGUGGACACAGCCAAUGAACAUGAACUCGGAAAGUUUCUGGACGAAGUCGACCGCUGGGGUAUUGACAUUUUCAGAAUAGCGGAACUGUCCAGCAAUCGACCGCUGACGGCCGUGACGUACGCCAUUUUCAAAGAGCGCGGUCUUAUGAACGCCUUCAAGAUACCCGACAAGACUUUGGUCUCUUUCCUGAUGACGCUCGAGGAUCACUACGGCAAGGAGGUGCCCUACCAUAAUCACUUUCACGCUGCUGAUGUCACUCAGUCCACCCACGUUCUACUUAAUUCUCCUGCAUUAGAGUCGGUGUUUACCAAUUUGGAAAUUAUGGCGGCCAUCUUCGCCGCAACUAUUCACGACGUCGAUCACCCCGGUCUCACCAAUCAAUUUCUGAUCAAUACAAGUUCCGAAUUGGCUCUCAUGUAUAACGAUGAAUCCGUGCUGGAGAAUCAUCAUCUGGCGGUGGCGUUCAAGUUGUUGCAAAGCCCCGAUUGCGACAUUUUCAGCAAUUUGAACAAGAAGCAGCGGCAAACUCUGCGCAAGAUGGUCAUCGACAUGGUCUUGGCUACCGACAUGUCGAAGCACAUGAGUUUGCUGGCCGAUUUGAAAACGAUGGUGGAAACGAAGAAAGUGGCCGGCUCGGGUGUCCUACUCCUGGACAACUACACCGAUCGCAUUCAGGUGCUUCAAAACAUGGUGCACUGCGCUGAUUUGAGCAAUCCAACCAAACCAUUGGACAUUUACCGUCGCUGGGUAUCGCUUAUCAUGGAAGAGUUCUUCCAACAGGGUGACCGUGAACGUGAACAAGGCCUCGAUGUCAGCCCGAUGUGUGACAGGCAGAAUGCUACCAUCGAAAAGUCGCAGGUGGGCUUCAUCGAUUACAUUGUGCAUCCUCUUUGGGAAACUUGGGCCGAUUUGGUGCAUCCAGACGCUCAGGACAUACUCGACGGAUUAGAGGAUAAUCGCGACUGGUACUUUAGCAUGAUACCUCCUUCACCACCUCCCGCUCAGUCGGACAACACUCCUGUCGAUCAAUCAGACGAUACGGGCGAAAACACGGAAACGGGAGAGGCUGACGACGUCAACCGAAUAGAGAGCGAAGAUGGUCACUGGCGCUCCAGCAACGCUCUGUCCGUCCCUUCUGAACGCAUCCAGUUUCAAAUCACGCUGGAAGAGGGCGAGAGCGGCAACGAAGAAGACGACUAAAAAAGAACCGUCGAGUUCUUCUGGUACCACAUCGUUCAACAUCCACCCACACAGAUUCAAACAAAGAAACACGGAAACACACACACAGGCAUUCGUCACACUUUGAUGACAUUCUCACUCACACGUAUCUACACGUUUUAAUGCUAACGUGACAAAAAUAAUCAUCAUCAGUUACAUACUAUAAACAUCACACUUUUAAUUUAAGGGGGAAAAAAACCAAACAAAAAAAUCACCUUCCGGAUUGUCGGGGUAGAGCACACUCUGCUGCUGUGGGUCAUUUUGACUUUCGACCACAUCUUCGUACGCUUAAAAACUCAAGUGAUGGCUCUUCUUCUUUUUAAGAUAAUAUUAAUGACUUUAUAUUAUAUUGACUGUAUUUGUAAAAUUUAAAAAAAAAAAAAAAGGAGAGAGGAAGUAAUUCGUAUUUCUCUAUAUUACAGAAAAAUGAGAAUGCAAAGAAAGGGAAAUACUUAUUAUUCCUGUGCAUUAGUUUUUGAUUAACAGCGCCGGUACUUUAUAAAUUCUGUAUCGCUAUUACUGAUUUGGUUUCAAAAUUGAACUGGUUUUUCUAUAUUUAUAUUUAAGUUGAACAGAAAUCUAAAAAAUCAAAUGAAAUUAUUCGUUACGUAUACAGUAUAUAUAUAUAUAUUUCUCUCCUACCCUAGUCCUCACAAAAAAGGCAGCUGGUACUGUUCGACCUGGGAAAGAGAGGGGAUAUUCAAAAGGCAUUUAGAACAUAUUUAGACGAGUAAAAAACCAAAACAAAACAAACAACGUUUAAAUGCUGUAACAGAGUGCUUGUUCGCGUUUCAAAACUCCUUCAGAGUGAAACGUGAAAUCAAUCGGGCGCCAAAAUAAUUGAGAGACGGCUAGACACAUUAGCUCUAUCUCACUUCGAUAUACCCUGAGCAAUUAUCGUCGGCCAUUGCCAAAGCUUACAUUACAUCUACAUUUACAUAAACCUGUUGUUAUUCUAUCUAUAUUUUUUUUUUCUUUUUUGCUACUAUUAUUAUUGUUGUUUUUUUCUAUUUUGUUCGGCAUGUUUUUGGAAACCUCUCGACGAUGCAGCUUAUUCACUCCCUCCUGCCACGAUACUGUGCUGUACUGUACACAAGAGUGGAUUUUUCAGGUCCUCUUUUUUUGAUGAGGGAUUGUUUGUUUUGUUUUGUUUUGUACUAAAACAAAUGGAUUUUUGUACAGUGUAUGCACAGUUGAAAUUACCUGGUGGGCGACAACAACUCGAUGUUCUAUAUUUUGUUGUUUUCUAUCCAACUCUUUAUUUCGCUAUGACAUACGUAGGUAUUAUAUCACAUGCCUCGGUGCAACAUGAUUUUAAUAGAAAGCCCUCCGCCAUGCAAAAGAACAUUGGGUUAGAGAGUAAUUCAUCCACUCCCAUAUGAACGGUGCGUCCGUGUACAUUAUUAUUAUUAAUAUUAUACACAAAAUUAAAAUAUCAUUAAUCUAUAGUUUUGUGUAUAUAUAUAUAUACAUAUAUAUAUAUAUGGUAAUUGCGAUGAUUGUAUCAUACAUGAAUCUUCAUACCGUUGUAAAUGUUGGCUCUGGUGUGUUAAACGUGUUUGUUAAAAUGUAUAUCUGCAUUGGUUCAUCAUCUCAGAUUUAACCAAAAUUUCAUCUAGUAUAUCCUAACCUUUCCUGGCCAUUACCCAAUCCUCCCUAAAUUCAAUGGAUGAUUGGCUAAAAUAUUAGUUUGAAUUGGAACCUUGUUUUAGUUUGGUAUUCCUUUCCAUUGUACAUCCAUUUGUAUCCGUUAGUUUACCCAACUCAAAAACCAACAAGUUCCGUCUCUUGCACAUUUUCACCUUGUUUCCAAAAUUGAACAAAAAACCAAAAACAAACAAAAAAACCAAAAAAAACCCAAAAAACAAAACAAAAAAAACACAACAUGAACAUGCAUGUACGCUCCGUUAUACUCCCGUCUACCACGAGAUAUCAUAAAGGUUGAUUUGUAUAUUUAAGUGAUACCUUUCUCAAAUACACACACACACGUACAGAGA